UGAAGAAUGACUCCAUCACUUAAAAAGACAAUUUACAUUUAUCUUUUCCAGAAUAGAUGUGUAUUUUAGAAUUUAAUUUAAUAUUUAAAUCAAGAGCAUGGAAAAAAGCAAGUCUCUUUGCCGUAAUAAAAAUGGAUAACCCAACUUUCCUUUGUAUGAAGCAAUAUGAGAAGAUGGCAUUGUCAGGAAAAAGACUCCAUUGUAGGAAAAUAUUUAGAUUCCUUUACAUUAAGUGAGGAGAGAAUGGCAGCAGUGGCAGUUUCACGCACAAUGAAAUUUACUAAACAGAAUUUCUUUUUUUUAAUUGGUGGAAUGAUAAUUUAUGUAGUUGAUAUUGUAGUGGACUUCUGGGUAGCUAGUAGAUAUUUCUGUCAAGGACAAUAUUCCUGGAGUAUAUGGAUUAUGUGUUUUAGAGGUCUUUCAUCAACAAUAACUCAGCUAUUUAGUUAUGAAUGGUUUAAAAAUGACUGGGAAGGUACUGAUACUGGGAAGCUGAAACUGGUUUUUCUAGUUCAUCUCUUUCAUUGUGGAAUUUUUAUAAGGUAUUGGUUUGCUUUGAAAUACGGCUGUCAAGCUGCAUUUAAACAAACAAAUGGCAGAGGUGCAUCAGAAGAAGACCCUUCCAACUUCAUUCAAAAACAAGCUAUUGAUGCAGUGACUGAUAUUAACAUGCUCAGGGUGUUCAAGACUUUUCUUGAGACCACACCACAACUUUUUCUUCAGAUUUACAUCCUCAUGGAACAUGGCAAAGCUCAUUUCUAUCAAUAUGCUGCCAUGAUGAUGUCUUUUUGUGGCAUCUCCUUAUCAAUGGUUGAUUAUCAGAUAUCACUACGAAAAUCUCUGCCUGACAAAGAAGAAUUUCGUGUGCUUUCCAAGUUCGUGUAUCUCUUCUAUAAAUUGCCUACCAUCACUUCUUGGAUACUCAGUAUUUCAUUGAUCACUCUACUCAGUAUCAGAAUUUCUGUAAUUCUGUUGAUAUUUUUUUGGAUCUGUGGCUUCACUUGGACUUUGAAACAGCAUACAACAUUUUGCAGGUCUAAGAAGAUGGAAUAUCUGUACAGAACUGUAGUUGGAAUCAUUCUAAUUUUUUCAUUUUUUAACAUAAAGGGGAGAAGAACAAAAGUUUGCAUUUCUAUUUAUUAUGCUAGUCACACUGUAGUGACUCUAGGUAUUUUGUUUGUAUACAUGUUCUGGAAACCUUCCAUUAUCAAAGAGAUAUGUUUUACAAUUGUAAGCAUAUUAGCUACUUUGAGUCUGGUGUUAGGUAUUACUUUUCUUGUUGUUUAUUACAGCCAUUUUCAUCCCACUACUUAUUGCAGACCUCAGACAUAUUCAGAUGAAAUUGAUGGAGUGGCAGGGCAAAAAGUUAGAGUGAAAAUUGGUAGAUUUCAGAAUUUCUUAAUGUAAUGAACUUUACAGGGUUUUGUUUGGUGUGUUUUUGUUUUUUUUUUGGUUUGGUUAUUUUUGUGGCCUUAAUAGCAAAUUCUUGCUGGACGGUGUGUUCCUCUGUCAUUGUUACUUAUGUAUCAUCACUGAGGAGUACAUAGUUUACCAGAGUUGUUGGCUUUGAAUAACUAUUUGUUUUCCACAAUACAAAGACUCUGUUACAUGAACAUUUAUGUGCUGGUGAAAGUUAAUUUGUCAAAGAAAUGAUUCAAUCUAUUCAUCCAACACAAUUCACAGUUUUAUUUUUUUUUAGCAAUGCAAAUG